ACUGACAGCGCCAAGAUGGCGGCGGCGCGUCACGGGGAACUCGGCGCCCGUCUCAGCUGACAGCGCCAAGAUGGCGGCGUUGCGGGACGGGGAGUUCGCCGCGCUGCAGAGCCUACUGAAGGCACCGUCGAAGGACGCCGUGCGGCAGCUGUGCCAGGAGUGUUUCUCCAGCCCGCCCGCCAGCCUCGGCCCGCUGGCGCAGCGCGCCUGCCCCGGCCUCGCCGCCGACCCCGAGGAAGCAGAGCAGCUGGUAUCUGCUUUGCACAACCUCACCAGGCACGUCGUGUACCGGGGCUUGACAAGUGCAGAAGAUAUCCUCGCACUCUUUCCUGAAAACUUCCACCAAAAUCUGAAAAACCUUCUGACUAAAAUAAUCUUGGAGAAUAUCUCUGCUUGGAGGAAUGAAGCACAAGCGAGUCAGAUCUCCCUGCCUCGGCUGGUCGACAUGGACUGGAGGGUGGACAUCAAGACAUCUUCAGACAGCAUCAGCAGAAUGGCAGUUCCUACUUGCCUGCUUCAAUUAAAGAUGCAGGAAGAUGUUGCCUUAUGUGGAAAUAGUCCUGUUGUUUCUGCACUGACUGUGGAACUGAGCAAAGAAACCCUGGACACUAUGUUAGAAGGUCUGGGAAGGAUCCGGGACCAACUUUCUGCAGUUGCAAACAAAUGAAUACUCAAGGAUAUGGAUUCCAGCAGUGAGGAAGGGAAGUAUUCUCCACCUAUAGCUCUUACAAGUGGCAGCCUAGCAUAACAUGUUUCCUGUUGUAACAAAACAAAGAGAUUUCUUGAUUGAGUUAAGAUAGCUUUUGAAAAGCUAACACUUAAACAUUCCUUUGGUCUGAUGCCAGAAAGUGUUUUCCUACGAUGUUGUUGAACAAAAGCUAGUCUCUAUUUUAGAAAAGGAUUUGAGGUCUCAGAGCUUGGCUUAAUCACAAGGGUCAUAACUGGAAAUAGCUAAUAGCUGCAGCCAGUGAAGCAAGUGCUAUCUCUCUGCCUUGAAAUUAGGAUCUAAAAGGCUUAAGCUGUUUGAUGGGCUGCCUUCCAGCACUAGCAGAAAAGGGUGUUUCUCUGUGGAAUGUGCAUGUACUGAGGUGCAUGCUGGAUGUAACAGUUUCUCCCUCUCAAUGAAGCACAGCCGUGCUGCAGGUUAUUACAGACUAAUGCUUUGAAAUAGGACAAUUACGCUACAACACAUUCCUUCCUGAUCAGCUUCAUAGCACCAUUUGCAAAAUGACUAGUCUGAACAUCUUUAGCAGCAAGUAAUUUCCUCCUUCUGUUGGAAAAGAAAAGAAGAAGUUCAGAUAAUUCAUGUUCAGGUUUAUUACGCUCUGGGCUUUGCGUUCACUGCACAAAAGACAGACUGGGAAAGUAAAGAAUUGAUGGCCAUUGUCUGUACACAGGAGGAAACCCUCCUGUGGCGAUAUGUGCCUAUACUUCCCCAAAGUGUUCUGCUGUUCGUUUAUAUAAUUCUUCCUUUAAUUAAAAAAUGAACUGAUAAUUGAUUUUGUGAAUCAUUUUGAGGCUAAAAGACAUGUUGUCCUGGCUUACCUCAGCCUCUUUGUGAUGGUGCUAGUUUGUAGGCUGUUUAAUGGAUCUUUACGUUUGUUGCUGGAGAGUGCGCUUUUGUUUCCUGUUCAAAUGGAUUCAUCUUUUAAACUGUCUUCUCUUCAUUAUAAUACAGUUUUGGGACACCUUUUUCCAUGGGCACCAGCUCUGUGCAAUAUUACAGGUGAUGACCCUGACCUGAAAACAUGUGCAUUGAACGUGUGGAGGAGUAAGUGCAGAAAAUGAACAAAAUUCAGAUGCUUCUUUCUGAUAAGCUUCUAUAAUGCUCCAGACUAGAAAAGUUCUUCAGUUUGAGGAACUUUUGUCGCCUUUGCAGCCUAGCCUUAAAAAAAUCCCAAAUAGUUUAUAUUGUAGGGUUUAUUUUAGAAGGUAAGACUCACCAAGGAGGUAAAUGAUGCAUAAUGAAAUACUCAUAGUGUUAGAAGAGCUGAGGGAGUGAAUACACAGAGGAAAUCCUCUAGGUAAAUACUGAAGCUACAGCCAGAAUGUUGUAGGGCCUAAUGAAAUGAAAAACUGAUAGGUGCAUAGAGUUCUCUUACAAAACCAUUAUACAGCUAUAGAAUUGAAAGAAAAGCAAGACUUAAAACUGAAAAGCUUUUCCAGUGUCAAGAGUGGUGCUAGCUGCAGGCAGCUAAAAGUUGCUUGUGAAGACUUAAAGGGAGCUGUCCACUGGAUCAGAAUCAGGACAAAGAUCUGAUGACUUCAAGAGGUAUAGCUAAAGUCAUUCUGCAAGAAAGCUGUCAGAGCUUGCCUUCAAAUCUUUGCCUCAAGCGAUAUGUGUUUUCUUGUUAGCUGUUAUCACCUUUGCCAGAAGAGCUGAGACUGCUCAAAAAAACAGGUGUAUAAAACAAGACAGGCUGAGUAAGACUGUCAUUACCUGACCAGCAAGAAUAUUUCACAUUAAAGUUCUAUUUACAGAGACAGCUGCGCAGGGAGGGAGGAAUACGCCUGCUACCGCAGGCAGUCAUGUGAUCUCUUUCAUAAAAUGAUUGCUCUCAAAAUCAGUUUACUUUUUAUCCUCUUUCCACGUACUGCUGCUAUUUGGUAGGCUAGCCUAAAUGUAUUCAGAACUACUUUAUUAUCUGCUUGUUCCUGAGCCAACACUCCCUUCUUCAGCUUACUUCUACCUUUCAAUUUUUGCCAGCUGAGAUGAAACCAUGUCACCCUCCUAUUUACGAAGCAGUAAAAUCCCCCUCUGCUUUUGAUGGUGGGGCCUAGAAAGCCCUAUAUUCUGUGCCUUUCAGCAUUGUAGGGGCUAUUCUUCACUCUAGGUUGCAUCUCCCUUGAAUGGGGUCACCACAGUUGUUCAUUUUGAGAGAAGAAUAGUUCAAGGACAUUAAUAAAGAGUAGAGCUGGUAUAGUAUGUGAAUCACCUGAAUGAACUCCUCCUCCCAAGAAACCACAAGCCUUGGUUGGGAAGUGGAGCUCAAAAAAUCCAUUUUCAUUCCAGUAUUUGAGUGAUAGAAAAAACACCUUCUACGUGUUCACUGUGUUUCAAGUGAUAACUCAAUUAUACUAAGCAAAGCAGUGUAACUGAGUUAAUACAUAGAUUUGUUUGUAAAACACAAGUAUGCAAGUUAAAUUUGAAUUGUAAUUUCACAGUUCGGACAUUGUGUUGGAUUUGACUAUGUCAAAGCAUUGAAAAAGCAUUAAAAACUUUAAAGCCUA